AUGUCAGGGAGCUACGAUUACCCCCGUGCUUCAUCCUCUUCCUCUCGCCGUGUCCCCCGUCCUAACAGACCCAACGAUCCCCCUCAUCUCCACUAUCUCCGCAAUCUCAUAUCGGAGCGAAAUCGCUCCGGUGCCUACAACGCCUACAACGCAACCCGUGCUCUGGAAACCCUAGAUCAAGAGGCCCUUGAAAAUUCUUUGGACCGAGCUCUUUUCGAUCGUACCGACCUUGACCAACCGCGGACCGCUGCCGGUAUUGAAACUGAACAGUUUGAGGUCAGGACAUUCGGUCCCACUGGACAACUUCGGAGCAUUUGGCUCGACCCGGAACAGUCUCAGAGUCUAAGGUCACCAGAGCCCAAUUCGAUUCGAAAUCUUCCACUCUGGCAGGCGUACAGACGCCCGAGCUCAGACGGAUCUUCGUCCAGAUCACCGUCGCUUAUGCCUCCUUCUGGGCAGUCGGGCCAGUCCGCCCAAUCCAGCCGUGAUGGCCAAGGACGGAUGAAGCGUCGAAAGCUGGAUGCCGACGACAACCGCGAGGAAUUUCGAGGAUUCAACUAUGGCCAUUAUGGGCAAGUAGUCCCAGGGAUACUGCGUAUGAGGGUCGUCAGCUGUGACGGAGGAAGUUACGAUCCUGAAAGCUCGUUUUCACGUGUCGAGAACGUCCUGGAUAACAAUACGAGCGUCUACUCUACCAGAGAAGACCGCUGCAACAUUCUCCUUACUCAUCAAGGCGAGGCCCCGUUCUGUUUGAAAAAGAUCGUUAUCAAAGCCCCUCACUGCGGGUUCGAUGCUCCUAUUCAAGAAGGCAUGGUCUUCGUCGCUAUGACAUCCGAUGAACUGCUUACCCGCACUACCGAAUCCCAAAUCCAAUACUCCCAUGGCGGCCCAUAUCGCCGUCCAGCCCCCCGGCGCAGUGGUAUGCAGCCAUCCCAGGAGUACCUGAGCGGGUAUCGACCGCCUCUCCAAAAUCUCGAACGCACAGUCCUCGUGGGCCCAAAUUCGGCUUCGGUUCCGCAUACUUCUGAAGACCCACAGGCGCAAUUCCGCAUCACUACCGAGUACGGCGAAAACAACGAAGAUUCUGGUGACGAUGAAGAUUGGCGCGCUGCGUUGCUCGAAAGCACCCAGGCUGAACAGACAGAAAAUCCCCCGUCCGAUACCGAUGAGCCCCCCACCGAUGACGAGGAACCUUCAACUAGACUUUACCGACGAUUCGAAUAUCAGCGGCGACGGUUAGAGGCGCUCAGCGCCAGUAUGGACGGCGACGUCGGCCCCGGCCACGUAUGGAUUCGUGGUCGGAGUUUCGUGCCGCCGGCCGAACCUUCUCCAUCGACUGCAGAAGUUCUCAUGCCACAUGCCCGUUUCUUUAUUGAGCGAGAGAAGAGCAUGGUCACGAUCAAAUUCGAUCCACCUCCUUCCGGUCGAUUCAUUCUCAUUAAGCUGUGGAACCCACGGGCUGACAGCAAUCUUGAUAUUCAGAGCAUCAUCGUACAUGGAUACGCUGGUCCGCGGUUUUUCCCGAGCCUCGCUGCCCGCUAG